AUGUACAAUACGGAGCAUCGAAACAAAAUACUGAUGCGGGAGGAAGAAUCGCUGGAUAAUAUUAAACAAUACUACGUCAAAUGUAAAAACGAAGAUGGAAAGUAUACGGCUAUACAGAAUAUUUAUGGAUGCAUAAGUAUUGGUCAAACAAUCAUAUUUUGCCAUACUCGUAAAACUGCAGCUUGGCUAGCAGCUAAAAUGGCGUCUGAUGGACACUCCGUUGCAGUGUUAUCUGGUGAUUUAACUGUGGAGCAAAGACUAGCUGUUUUGGAUAGGUUUCGGUCAGGAUUAGAAAAAGUUCUGAUAACAACUAACGUGUUAUCCAGGGGUAUUGAUAUAGAACAGGUUACUAUUGUUGUUAAUUUUGACUUGCCAGUUGAUGUUCGUGGAAAUGCUGAUUGUGAGACUUACCUACACCGCAUUGGUCGAACAGGACGUUUCGGUAAGUACGUUUUUUUGCCGUAG